AUGGAUCUACCGCCAGUUCCCUCGAAUCCAAAGGAGAAUGGAGUAAAAGACAUUCUCGCGGCGACAGUUUUCAUCAUUUCAUUAUCUACAAUCACUGUUUUGGCUCGUUUAUACGUGAGACUGUUGGUCAUUCGGAAUACCGGCUGGGAUGAUUGGUUCAUGGUAUUAUCUCUCGCCUUGGCUUGGGCAGGUCAGGGCGUCAUCUUUGGACAGCUGAGCCAUGGUGCUGGAAGACACAAGGGCGAUGUUGAUCCGGAUGUCUACAUGGUCGGCAUGAAGCUCAACUUUAUCAGCCAGCCCAUCUUUCUCAUAGCCAUCUGCGUCGUCAAGUUGGCUACCCUCAUGUUCCAAUGCACGGAUAUCCGCAUCCUCUGGGACCCGAGCGUAAAGGCGACCUGCUGGUCCCAGCAGACGCUCCAAGGCCUUUCAUACACAAACUCUGCGCUCAACAUCAUCACCGACCUUCUCUUCGCCAUCGUCAUCCCCACACCCAUGCUAUGGAAACUCAACGUUCACUUCCGCACACGAGUCACCCUCAUAGGCAUCCUGGGCCUUGGUGUCUUUGCCUGCGCCGCCGCGUUUGUGAAGCUGGGCUACAUUACAAACUACGGCAAGUUGGGUGACUGGCUCUGGGACUCUCGAAACAUUACCAUCUGGACAAGCCUGGAACUCAACGUCGGUAUCAUUGCUGGUAGUCUUCCCUGUCUGCGACCCAUCUUUAGACGCUUCCUCGGCAGCACCUACGGCAAGAGCUCGAGAAAGACGCCGACUACUGGAGCCACCAACUACGGUCGUGGUACACUCCGUAGCGGCAACAACUGGCACACCCUGUCGAGUGGUCGAAGGGGUGACGAUGAGACGAGCAGCCAAAAGGCCAUCAACACCGGCGUCAUGGAGUACGAGCUCCGCGACCGGAUAGCCACGCCAGCUGGUAUCACGAACAAGACAACAGUUUUGACAGACAUUGAUGCCAGGUCGAGCGAUGAGAGCGUGGAUCGGGGUGGCCAUGGUCAGCGGUACCCUCCAGGUAUCACCAAGACGACGACAAUGACGGUCGAGAUACUUAUACCCUUUAAUUACCUCUUCUUUGUAUCUUGUAACUUUCUUGCCCUAGUUACCGUCGUAGUUGGACGUGUUGGGUUAUCAACGGCGCACGUCUAGACGGAAUGGCUUGUAUUUGGAGCCUGUUGAUGGUAUAUACCCUUUAGCCUCGACAGAUCCAUUCUGUUCCAUAUUGUUAUAGCUUUCAGGCAGUUGGGUUAUGGUUGAUGAGAUAGAACCAUAAUGAUGAAUGGAAUG